AAAAGCGAAGAUGGCGUCUGACCGCUCGCCGUGUGUUAUCUUGGCCUGCAUGCUGCUGAAGGAAAAGGGUGAGGGCAGUCGACCUGCGGAGGUUUGCAUAAACAAAGCUGUUAUCAUCCGCUAUGAAAGGAUUCAACAUGAGUCACCAAGCUGACGAGGAGUAUACAAGGCUAGUCUAUGUUGUCCCAGGCCCCUGUACAAGGGAGAAGCCAACCCAGUGAUGUCAUCUCCAUUUCCCCCCUUUUCCUGAGCUGGCUCCGUGAGCGAAUCAACCACCGGGGCCAGUCACACUGGGACCAUAGAGCUGGGACGUACUCGCUGCUUGCACACCGUACACGUCUAAAGAUCAUGCGGUUUGAACUUUACUCGGCCCCUACGCUGUGUGUGGUCUCCCUACCUUCGUGCAAUGUAGGACUUGUUGUUGUGCUCGGGCAAGGAUUAUAAGAUACUUUGACUUGAGAAUAAUCAUGGUGACAACGCUCUCGAUUUUGUCGAUGGAAACGCUGUGGUAUUUUGUUCUACUGUGUGUGUUACUUUCGCUGCAAGGGAGGAGUUGUCAAGCAAGUCAAGUUGUAUAUCACUGCACCUUUGAGUCGAAUGAGGACUGCAAGAUCGAGCAAGACCCAAGUGAUGAUUUUGACUGGGAGGUCCAUCGAGGCUUAGCGCCCAUCAACCACCAGCGAAGACUACGCCAUCUCCGGAGAAAGAGAGGCAGCAUUCGGGCCGAAUCGAGGCCGGGUCCCAUGGGUCUAAUUCAGGUACUUGAUCCCGUGGAUGAAUGGGACGCGGAUAACGGGAACAUCUUUCUUGAUCUGCCGCCAAAGAUGCAACCAGGGAGGCAUUUUGUGGAUCACACUUAUGGGAAUCAGUCAGGGCACUUUGCCCACCUGGUCGCCGCAAAGAACGGCCGGACGAGCGGGCAUGCUCGCAUCAUGUCCCCACCCAUCACGAUUCCUGACUCCCUGGAAGCAGAUCUCAAGUUCUUCUACCAUUUGUGGAAUGCUCAAGAGAACCCUACAGCGGGUACCUUAAAGGUCUUUGCUUGCCAGCAGAAGGACUUGGUGUUUAAGGCUUCUACUAGUGCGGGGAGCGUGUGGAUGGAAGCUGAAAUACGUAUCCAGUGCAAUGGUACAUUUAGGAUCAUAUUCGAAGGAUUUAUUAGUGGGACUGACACAGAUAUCGCAAUCGACGAUGUUAAUGUUACAGUGUGUGAUUUUCCUUUAUUCAAACCAAACAUAACUUGGGACGAUAAUGAUUCCAGCGAUGAAGCCAAGGUGACCAUUAUGGCCACUAAAGCGCCCUCUUUGACGAAGGGUGAUGCAGGUACUCCAAUCGAUCCAGGACUGGGACCCGACAGCCCAGGGACAGGAAUGGAUCCUCAAACGGCGGUGAGCCUUGUAGUCAUCGCGCUGGUUCUCUUUGCAGCUACAUGUUUCAUGCUCCUCAUAACCUUAAUGAUUCACAUCCGGAUCCGGUCUAAGAGAAGGAGACGGGGCCGUUUCCAUGAACCAUUCAUCUACGGAUCGGAAUUCUUCAACCGACAUUCGAUAGAUCCAAGCGAACCCACGGCGUACAUGACCUUGAAUUUCCCGCCAAGUUCAACCUCCGGGUCGGCCACAGAGUUCUUCUCGCUGUCCGAACGUACAACUUACGGGUCCAAGCGUUCCAAGCCCUCAUCGGGAUUCCACUCGAAGCGUUCCUCGACCGGUACUGGUCUGCAGGCAUCAGCAGAGAGUUUACGGCGCAGUGUAUACACCAGGCGCUCUACAACUGGACAGCGAAGACAAAGUCGAACAUUCCCCGUCAUGAAAGAGCUCAAGAAUAUCUUAGAGACAGUGCACAUGCGCAGGAUUCGGACGUUGAGCCAGCACUUAUCCGUUGCAGACGUUGAGACUCUACGGCGCACGCUCUGUAGUCAGGGCGAGACAGCGAAUAAUAGUGACAGAACCUUAUCAACUGUUUUACUGGACACCACGGCAUCUACUAUACGACCUGGUAGUAAUUUGUCGGAUCAUUUCUACUAUAGUUUGUUCCCUGCUGUGGGUAUAGUCAGUUGUAAGAACUCACUGGUAGCCUGCGAGGAGUCUGGGGUAGAAGAGAUGGAUGAUUCGAGAUCAGCUGGAUCUGGUGACUAUGAUUCGGAUGAUUUGGAGGUUCAAGCCGUAACAAGUGGUGCCCUUCUUGAUCAAUCAGGCAGCACCCAUAGUGAACAUGGGAGCCAUGACUCAGAAGCCCCUGAUACCACUAUGAUGGUGGACAAUGAAAUCUAUGAAUGCUAUUCUAACUCGGACAGUUCGAACUCAAAUUCACCGCUAAUAGCAGAUCUUAAACAUUUACGUCAAUUUUAAGAUUUUGUUUGUUUUUUAGGAAAAAGGAAUUGUUGUGAAAAAUUGUUUUGUAAGAUUAGAUUGUGACUGUGGAAAUUAUUGUUACCUAGAUUAUUAUAUAAUUUCAAGGUAUAUAUGUAGUAUCAUAUAAGGCGCUUUGAUAUAGGUUUGUACAAUCCAUCAACAGAGGGCGCUCUAUCACCAAUCAAUGGAUUGAAUGUUUGAUGAUAAAGUAAAAGGUUUGUUAUAAAUCUGCAUUUUCAGGUUUAUUAAUUCAAUAGUCUGGGUCUGGCUCUUUCAGCAUUCCUGGAUGCUCGUGUGAAGAGGCCGGGAAGUGAUCGCUGUGUGUUAAUAUUUUUUCCAAAUAAAUACUGUGCGUCUUGUAUCAAGACUAAAGCUCAACAUGGACACACGUUUGCUAUAGUUGUCAAAGACCAGUAUUCUCACUUGGUGUAUUCCAAUAUAAUUUUAUGCAUAAAUAACAAACCUGUAAAUACAAUGGUCUCAACAAAUAACUUUGUCAUCAAAUUUGCAAGAGAUUAUGAAAGAAAAUAAACCCUUGUUGCGUUUCUUUGUAUGCCUUUAGAUGCAUAUUAAAAGGCAUAUUAGCUGAGGUCUUUAAUUGUUUAAGUGAUAAACGACCUCUUUCUCAAACAUUAUGUUUCUUCAGACGGAGUCGUAUCUCACAAUUUUUUAUCAACAGCUCUCCACUGCUCGUUUCCAAGUAAGUUUUUAUGCUAAAAAAUAGUUUUUGAGUCAUAAAAUUAUCUCAAAAGCAGCAGAGUGCAACUUAUGCAACUUAUGUCCCUUGUACAAUUUUCGACUGGUAUCUUGCUCAUUUCUGCUUAGCACAAAAUUGCGUGUAUAAUUUUUUUCUUUUAUAGUAUUUUUCUGGGAAAAAAUAGAACAGCUAUGUUUUUUACAAUAUUGUUAUUAUUUUUCUCAUUUGAAAAGAGAUGUACACAUUUUUAACUGAUAUACUUUCAAUGUUUUGGGAAACUGUGUGUGUAUAUUUUAAGUUCAAAUAUUUGAGGGGAAAAGGGAUCAGAUAACUUCCUCGUAACUUAUAAAUAA